UAUAUCAGCCAUGGCACCCAGCGACGAGCUCGAGGCUUUACGGGUCGCCGUAGUGGCGAAGCAAGAACAGGUUACGACGCAAGGCGACACCGUACGAGCUCUUAAAGCCGCGAAAGCCGAUCGCGCCGAGAUCGACGCCGCGAUCGAGAAGCUCAAGCACCUUAAGAUAGAUCUCGAGUCAGCUACUAAGGAGUUCACCGCGAAAGCGGAGGCGGAGGGAGGGGGGAAGGGCAAGGAUGCGAGCAUCAACCGAGAGGCGUUCCGGCAGGCGGUGAACAACGCGCUGGAGCGGCGGCUGUUUUUCAUCCCGAGCUUCAAGAUCUAUGGCGGCGUCGCAGGGCUGUUCGACUACGGCCCUCCUGGCUGCGCUGUCAAGUCGAAUGUGCUUGCCUUCUGGCGACAGCACUUCGUGCUGGAAGAGAACAUGCUCGAGGUCGACUGCCCCUGCGUCACCCCCGACGCCGUCCUCCGAGCGUCCGGCCACGUGGACAAGUUCACGGACCUCAUGGUGAAGGACGUGAAGACGCAGGCGUGCUACCGCGCGGACCACCUCCUCAAGGACCACUUGAGCGACCUCCUGGAGAAGGAUCUGACCAUGGCGCCGGCACGGCGAGAGGAGGUGAAGCACGUGCUGGCGGUGCUGGACGAGUACGGCGCGGAGGAGCUCGACGCGAAGCUCAAGGAGUACGGGGUCAAGGCGCCCGACACCAAGAACGACCUGUCGGCGCCUUACCCGUUCAACCUGAUGUUCGCCACGGCUAUUGGGCCCACGGGCCUGCUGCACGGUUUCCUUCGCCCCGAGACGGCGCAGGGCAUAUUCGUCAACUUCAAGGACCUGCUGUACUACAACGGCGGCAAGCUGCCCUUCGCGGCCGCGCAGAUCGGCCAGGCGUUCCGCAACGAGAUCGCCCCCCGCGCUGGUCUGCUGCGAGUGCGCGAGUUCACGCUAGCGGAGAUGGAGCACUUUGUGAGCCCCGCCGACAAGUCGCACCCGCGCUUCUCCUCAGUGGCGGACCUCGCCUUCCUGCUCUACCCGAGAGCGGAGCAGCUGGGGCCCAAACACCCCGUCACCAUGCGCCUGGGGGCCGCGGUGGAGAAGGGCAUCAUCAACAACGAGACCUUGGGGUACUUCAUUGGGCGCACGUUCCUGUUCCUGUCGCGCCUCGGCAUCGACCCGCAGCGCCUGCGCUUCCGCCAGCACCUGCAGCACGAGAUGGCGCACUACGCCACCGACUGCUGGGACGCUGAGAUCGAGUGCUCCUAUGGCUGGGUGGAGUGCGUUGGGCUGGCAGAUCGGUCCGCCUUCGACCUCAAGGCUCACACGGACAAGAGCAAGGUGGAGCUGGUGGCGUAUGAGAAGUUCCCUGAGCCGCGCGAGGUGGAGGUGAUGAGCAUCGUGCCGAGCAAGAAGGAGAUCGGCAAGGCCUUUAAGCGGGACGCCAAGAUCAUUGCCGAGUCUCUUGAGACCAUGGCGGAGCCUGAGGCCCUGGCAAUGAAAGCAGCGCUGGAGGCGGACGGUAAGAUGGACUACACGCCAUGCGGGGGAACCCAGGCUUUCAGCAUCACCAAGGAGAUGGUGGCGAUCAGCAAGGAGACCAAGAAGCUGCAGGGCCAAUCGUUCACCCCGUCAGUCAUUGAACCCUCAUUCGGCAUCGGGCGCAUCAUCUACUGCAUCUACGAGCAUUCGUUCUACACACGCCCCUCCACCGACGAGGCACGCACAGUGUUCCGCUUCACCCCCCUGGUGGCGCCCAUCAAGUGCACUGUCUUCCCGCUCGUGCAGCGCGGGGACCUCGAGAAGGUGGCACAGGAGGCGAGCGCGGGGCUCACGCGGGCAGGCGUGGCAAAUAAGAUUGACACGACGGGGACCACGAUUGGGAAGAGAUACGCGCGCACGGACGAGCUGGGGUGCCCGUUUGCCAUCACUGUGGAUGGGCAGACUCUGGAGGAUGGCACUGUGACUCUACGGGAGCGUGACAGCACAGCACAGGUGCGCAUCCACAAGGAUGACGUGGCAUUGGUGGUGCGCCAGCUGGCGGAUGGGCUGCUUGUUUGGUCGGACGUGCAGAGCAAGUACCCGGCUGUUGCCCAGAAGGAAGGUUGAUGGACUUUGACCGAUUACAACGUGAUUUAAAGAAUGCCAAAUGUAGAUAGAUGGGCACCUAUUUUAUGGAUGACAAGCGGUCUAAGCAAUGUGAAGUGUUUUGGAGGUAUCGUCCUCUGAAAUAUUGGUGAAUA